UUUCCGCCUCCCUUUGGGUCCCUUCUCCCUCCACGGCGAAGGGGACUCCCUCCGGAGGGGAGGAGCCUGGUUUGUUUCCCUCUUUGGCGGACUGGGCUGCAGCAGGACGGGGCGGCUCUGCUUCUUUCCUUCCUUCCCAGCCCAAGCGGGCGGCCUCCCCGAGAGAGAGAGAGAGAGAGCUCUGCACCAGAGCGCGAGCCUUUCCCGCACGAGCCAUGGAGAAGCAGCAGCAGCAGCAGCAGCCUUGCGCGGAGCCCUUCUUCUCGCACCCCUUGGAGGGCUCUGCGGUCCCCCCUCCGGCGGCAACGGCGGCGGAGAAGCGCUUCAGGCUGUGGUACGUGGGCUGCUCCUGCCUGGACCGCCGCACCACGCUGCCCAUGCUGCCCUGGCUGAUGGCCGAGAUCCGGCGGCGCAGCCAGAAGCCCGAGCCCAGCGCCGUGCCGCCCCGAGAGGUGCUCCUGCUCCUGGGCUCGCCCACCCUGCGCUGCGUGCCCUCCUCGCCUUCUUCCUCGGCUUCCAACCCGGCCGUCUUCAUCUUCGAGCACAAGGCGCAGCACAUCGCCCGCUUCGUGCACAACAGCCACGACCUCACCUACUUCGCCUACCUGAUCAAGGCGCAGCCCGAGGACCCCGACUCCCGCAUGGCCUGCCACGUCUUCAGGGCCGCCGAGCCCGGGCAGGUUCCUGAUGUCAUUAGUAGCAUAAGACAAGCUUCAAAAGCAGCUCUCAAAGAGGAUGUCAAGCCCAUUAAAGACAGUGAAGAUGCAUUCUAUAACUCCCAAAAGUUCGAGGUCCUCUACUGCGGAAAAGUGACUGUGGCUCACAAAAAGGCUCCUUCCACUCUGAUUGAUGACUGCAUUGAGAAGUUCAGCCUGCAUGAACGUCAACGCCUGAAGCUGCUGAGUGAGCACCGCAAUCCAGACUCCAGCACAGACCUUCCUGGGGGUGAUGGGGACAUACCGACGUCUCCCUUUGACAGUCCGUUUGAAGAGGAGGAGGAGGCAGAUAGCCCAGAUGGGGUUAAAACAGGGAUGUUCAUAGUGGGAAGCCAGACCAAUCUGGCCAGCCUGGCGAGUUGUCGAGUCUCCUUCCCUGAGCGGAUUUUGGAGGAUUCUGGGUUUGAUGACCAGCAGGAAUUUCGCUCCCGGUGCAGCAGCGUCACAGGUGUUAUGCAAAGGAAGACACAUGAUAACAAUUCAAAAACACAGCCACGACGGCGACAUGCAAGUGCCCCCAGCCAUGUCCAACCUUCAGACUCCGAAAAGAAUAGGACGAUGCUGUUUCAGGUUGGACGAUUUGAAAUUAAUCUUAUUAGUCCAGACAGUAAAUCUGUUGUGUUUGAAAAAAACUUUAAAGAUAUUUCCUCAUGUUCUCAGGGCAUAAAACACAUUGAUCAUUUUGGUUUCAUUUGUCGGGAAUCUAUUGAACCGGGAAUAAGCCAGUACGUUUGCUAUGUAUUCCAGUGUGCAAGUGAGUCUUUGGUUGAUGAGGUCAUGCUCACGCUGAAGCAAGCUUUUAGCACGGCUGCAGCCCUACAGAAUGCCAAGACUCAGAUUAAGCUUUGCGAAGCCUGCCCAAUGCACUCAUUGCAUAAACUCUGUGAAAGGAUCGAAGGGCUUUAUCCACCAAGAGCUAAACUUGUGAUUCAGAGACAUCUGUCAUCCCUCAGUGACAAUGAACAAGCUGACAUCUUUGAGCGUGUUCAGAAAAUGAAACCUAUUAGUGACCAGGAAGAAAAUGAGCUUGUGAUUUUACAUUUGCGACAACUAUGUGAAGCUAAACAAAAGACACAUGUGCAUAUUGGAGAAGCACCAGUGCAGAAUGCUUCCAACAACACAGUUCCUGAAAAUGCAGCUAGUAGUGGCAGAUUCAAACUUGACAUUCUGAAAAACAAGGCCAAGAAAUCUUUUACUAGUUCUCUUGAAAACAUCUUCUCAAGGGGAGCAAACAGAAUGCGCGGCCGUUUAGGGAGCAUGGACAGUUUUGAAAGAUGCAACAACCUCACUUCUGACAAAGACUGUUCCUCUGGGGAGUCCCCUCCUCUGACCCCUCCUGCGUCUCCCAUAUCAUCCGUCUGGCAGCCGUUCCCUGAGGAGGAUUCUGAUUCACCCCAGUUCCGGCGGCGGGCCCACACCUUCAGCCACCCGCCCUCCAGCUCAAAGAAGAGGAUCACUUUCCAAGACGGGAGGUCCCAAAGUGUCAAGUCUCCCCUCCUGAGGCAGAAUUCUGUGGAGCAUGGCAGGCCGGCAAUUUCCCGACGUACUUACAGUGAGAGCGAUUCAUCUACAUCAUCCAGUCUCCCUUCUUCCUUCUCUGCCCCAUCUUUCCUGAAAAGCUUUUACCAGAGCUCAGGAAAGCCAUCUCCACAGUCUGAAAACGAACUCUCCAAGAGUGAUGGAGAAAGAAGAAAAAGGACCUCCUCUGUAUGCAGUAAUGACUCCCUGAAUGCUGGCGGAAUCACUCUUACUCCUCGCCGAAUUUCCUGGCGGCAGAGGAUCUUCCUAAGGGUUGCAUCGCCCAUAAAGAAAUCCCCCUCAGCAAUGCAAUUUCAAGAUGGAAUUGAUGGAAAUGAAUUGUUACCACUAUCUCCUCUGGCGCCAUGCUUUGACGAAGACCCUCUCAUUUCAAUAUUGCAAAAUGAUGAUGGCCAAGAAAAGUCCAGGGAGAAAAAGAACUCGGAAGAGCUGCAGAGUCUGUGGAGGAAAGCCAUCCAUCAGCAGAUACUUCUUCUUCGGAUGGAAAAGGAGAACCAAAAAUUGGAAGCAAGCAGAGACGAGCUCCAAUCCAGAAAGGUGAAGAUGGACUAUGAGGAAAUUGGUACUUGUCCGAAAGAUGCGAUCAAUAUCUGGGAUAAGAAACUAUCGAACUUCAGAGCCAAAAUCAAAUGUGACAUGGAAGAUAUUCAUGCAACUUUGAAAGAUGGUGUACCAAAAGGCCGCCGGGGUGAAAUUUGGCAGUUUCUUGCUGUACAGCAUCGAGUAAGACAUCGCCUGCCAAAUAAACAGCAGCCCCCUGACAUCUCUUACAAAGAACUUCUCAAACAACUGACAGCUCAGCAACAUGCUAUCCUUGUAGAUCUAGGAAGGACCUUCCCCACACACCCCUACUUUUCUGCUCAGUUAGGAGCUGGGCAGCUGUCACUCUUCAACCUCCUAAAAGCGUACUCCUUGCUGGACAAGGAGGUGGGUUACUGCCAAGGCAUCAGCUUUGUGGCUGGAGUGCUGCUUCUCCACAUGAGUGAAGAGCAAGCCUUUGAAAUGCUCAAAUUUCUCAUGUACGACCUUGGCUUCCGGAAGCAGUAUCGGCCUGACAUGAUGUCACUACAAAUCCAGAUGUACCAGCUGUCAAGACUACUUCAUGACUAUCACAGAGAUCUCUAUAACCAUCUGGAGGAGAAUGAAAUCAGCCCCAGCCUUUAUGCUGCACCUUGGUUUCUUACUUUAUUUGCUUCACAGUUUCCAUUGGGUUUUGUUGCCAGAGUGUUUGAUAUUAUUUUUCUUCAGGGAACAGAAGUCAUCUUUAAAGUGGCACUAAGUCUGCUUAGUAGCCAAGAGGAAGCUAUCAUGAUGUGUGAGACUUUUGAAAGCAUUGUUGAGUUUCUUAAAAAUACUCUCCCAGACAUGACAAAGCCCCAGAUGGAGAAGAUUAUGACACAGGUAUUUGAGAUGGAUAUUUCCAAACAGCUUCAUGCUUAUGAGGUGGAGUAUCAUGUCCUGCAGGAUGAACUACAAGAAAACAUAAAUCCAUGUGAUGAGGGGGAGGUGCCAGAGAAACUUGAAAGGGCAAACAAUCAGCUGAAGAGACAGAAUAUGGACCUCCUGGAAAAACUACAGGUGGCUCAUGCUAAAAUCCAGACUAUGGAAUCACACCUGGAAGAUGCUUUGGCAAGAGAGAACAAAAUGAAGAGCUUGAUCCAGUCGCUGGAAAAAGAGAAGGCGUUCUAUCAGAUGACUCUUGAGAAGUUCUGUAGAUAUUUGCCUGAAGAAGCACUCUCUGAUUGCAGGCAACUGCUAAAGGAGGCGAACUGUAGCCCAAGCAAAAUUCUGAAAUAAGCCAUAAAUAAAGAGUUGCAGGCAACACGGUUCUGACAAUAGAAAAAAAAGGAGAGAUAACAGGCUGCUGUAAAUGGUAUCUGUAUCAUCUCACACGGGUACUGCAGCAGUAGAGAGGCCUUUUAAAUCUUGAUAUGCAAAUCCCAGGUUAAAUGUUUUUAAUAAUGCGUGUACAGCGUGCAAAAACAGAAGUAAAAGAUUGAAAUCUAAUCAAGACAAUUAGAUGUAUAUUUAGGAUUGAUCUAAGGGAGAAGGGAUGGGUUUUUACCCUUGAAGAUCACUGAUAGCGUAAAUCUUAGCAUGUUUCCUUGACACGGAGCGAAAGGAACAUGUUGCCUCUUUUCUAUAAUAUUGAUUAAUACUUGAAAAGAAAAGCAAGAAUGUAAUAUUUUUCCCUCCAAAGAACAGCAUGUUUCCCAUUUUAGUGGGGGAUUUCUUUGUGUUGUCUGUAGGGUUUUUUUGUUCGUUUUCAUGGGGGGAGGGGGAAUCCCUGUACGCUCUUAUGUGCCUGUAAUUAAAUCUACUGACAAUUGCACACUUGCGGCAGCCAUUCUGCCUGGCUGUCAUUUUGCAGCUGUGCUGCCGAGGAGAGUUAUCAGUGCCAAGAAAUACUGUGCUGAAUUUUCUGAUUUAUUUGUUGCUGACUGUUUGUCGCUGGGAAAAGUGAGAAGAAAUAAGAUACUGAAGACUAGGAAGGAAUGAGAAAAUCUUGACAAAUUUCCUGAGAGCAAGAUCAUGAGACUUCAAUGCUUACCUAACCAUAAUGGGACUGAGUUCUCUCCCUCUUUUUUCUUUUUCUUUCUCUCUUUCUGCCUUUGUGUUCAGAUCAUCUUAAUUUUUGCAGUCCAAGAGAUAUUCCUCACUGCUUUGCAAUCUCCCUGCUCCUUUUCCUCAUAAGGACAAUGUUGUGGCAUCAUCCCUUUGGGCCUUUCUAGAGCUCCUGUUUGUUAAAUGCAAAAAGGUG